GGGUUCCCCUUGGACAGGCUGCGAGUCCUGCUUCUCUUCUCUGGCUGGGCAAAUGUCUCCUGCUCCCAGAAUUAGAUGCUGUUGGGGGAUUUUUCCUCUUGCAAAAUGAUGAGUUUGUCUCUGAUUCUUCCUCCUUAGGUGGCCAGUGGGCUCAUGGUUGCAGUUGGCAUUUAUGCCAAACUCUCUCAAGAAGCAAGUGCUGUGGAUUCGCUCCUCGCUGAUCCCUCGCUGAUCCUGCUUACGGUGGGGAUCCUGAUGUUUGGCAUCACCUUUGUGGGGUGUACAGGAGCCUUGCGUGACCUGCCUGUGCUGCUGAAAAUUUUUGCCUGGAUUUUACUGAUCAUUCUCAUUCUCCAGAUCGUGGCUGCUGUCCUGGGAUUUCUCUUCUCCGGCAUGGUGUUGGAGAAAGCAGCAUUUCUGAUGGGAAAAGCUAUCUCCGGUUAUAGGGAUGACCUAGAUUUACAGAACCUUAUUGAUUAUAUACAGAAAAAGUUUGAGUGCUGUGGGGUGCAUUCCUACAAGGACUGGUCCCAGAAUAUUUACUUUGAGUGCCAAGACUCCAACCCAAGCCUGGAACGCUGUGCUGUGCCUUUCUCCUGCUGCAUCCAAAAAGAUCAAGAGGCAGCCAUUACUAGUGUUCUCAACACCAUGUGUGGCUAUGGGACCCAGAACCUGAGAUCAUGGAAAGCAGAAAGUCUGAUAUACAUUGAGGGCUGCUUGGAAAAGAUUGUUGGCUGGGGGCAGAGAAACCUGCUGCUUGUUGCAGGGCUAGCAAUAGGACUGUUUUUCUUGGAGAUUCUCGUGUUUUCCAUGGCCGUGAUGCUCAUUUACCAGAUUGACUUUAUCAUACAGAAACGGAAAAGCACAAGGAGGAGAGGCCCCGAGAAAUAAGUCUGUUGCUCCCAUCAAGAGCCCAGCGUGGUCUCUAUUGCCGCUGGUGCGGGCUGUGUAGAAGGAACAAACUGAGAUCUCAGUCGAAACACUGUGAAUACCCCAGAGGGUGCCAGGGCCCAUGCCCCAGGUGAAUGAACAGACACUGGAAAGCAUUUUCUGUGCAUAUGAGGCAGAGGCAACUGCUGCUUGGAAAGGAUCCUUGCUGCCUGGUGGGAUCAUCUGAUGGGUCUCUCACUCUCUCCUCCCGCACUGUUUUAUUACCAUGGACAUUUGCACAAUACCAGAUCUUUCUUUUCUGAGAUUCCUGAUGCUUAUUCUCCAUCUGUGGUCAGAGUCCUCUGGUUGCUUUAGCGAUCACUUUGGAGGACAGGAUUACAAUUGAAAAGAAACUUGACAAAUUGGAGAAUUGG